CCCAUACCAGGAAAGCCGCUGCCGUCCCCCAACCAACUGAAGUACAAAAUUCUGAUCAAAGCCAAAAAGUCAACACCAACCACGGGAAUUGGCGCUAGUGGCUUGUCCAGUUCCUCAAUUAAUUCUCAGGUUUCCAGUUUCACGGUGAAAUCGCACUCAAAUCUCAAUUCUCCGGGGAAUA